AUGGAUGGUAUGUCUAUGGGCAGUAGUAUGAAUAUGGAUGCAAUGUCUAGUGCAUCCAAGACAGUAGCAUCGAGCAUGGCAUCGAUGAAUAUGGACACCAUGUCCAGUGCCAGCAAAAUCUUGACAUCGAGCAUGGCAUCGAUGAGUAUGGACGCCAUGACCAGUGCCAGCAAAACCUUAGCAUCGAGCAUGGCAUCGAUGAGUAUGAACGUCAUGUCCAGUGCGAGUAAAACAUUAACGUCGAGUAUGGCAUCGAUGAGUACGGACGCCAUGUCCAGUGCCAGCAAAAUCUUGACAUCGAGCAUGGCAUCGAUGAGUAUGGACGCCAUGACCAGUGCCAGCAAAACCUUAGCAUCGAGCAUGGCAUCGAUGAGUAUGGACGCCAUGACCAGUGCCAGCAAAACCUUAGCUUCGAGCAUGGCAUCGAUGAGUAUGAACGUCAUGUCCAGUGCGAGUAAAACAUUAACGUCGAGUAUGGCAUCGAUGAGUACGGACGCCAUGUCCAGUACCAGCAAGACGCUGGUUUCAAGUAUGGCCUCAAUGGCGGGCAUGUCGAUGAGCAGUAGCUCAGCAACAAUGAGUUCGGCCAGCGCACAGGCCACUUCGGAUUCUAGCAUGUCAGAUAUGUCAGGUAUGUCAGGUAUGUCAGGUAUGUCAUCUUCAAGCAACAGUAGUUCUUCCGGGAUGGAUAUGGAUAUGGAUAUGGAUAUGGGAAUGAACUAUUAUUUAACUCCCACAUAUAAAAACUAUCCUGUCUUAUUCCACCAUCUACAUGCAAAUAACAGUGGUAAAGCCUUUGGUAUUUUCUUGUUAUUGGUCGUUGCUGCUUUCGUUUAUAAGUUAUUGCUUUUCGUCAGUUGGUGCCUUGAAGUGCACUGGUUCAAGAAAUGGGACAAGAAAAAUAAAUAUUGUACUUUAUCUUCUGCAAACGACGAAGACGAUGUGAAAAAUUACGGCACGCAAAACAAUUUCGAAAUUCAAGGUUUGCCUAAGCUACCAAAUUUACUAGGUGAAAUAUUUGUUCCUUCCUUAAUGGAUCUCUUCCACGACAUCAUUAGAGCAUUUUUAGUAUUCACCUCCACCAUGAUCAUUUACAUGUUGAUGCUUGCUACAAUGUCUUUUGUUUUAACUUAUGUUUUUGCGGUCAUCACUGGUUUAGCUUUGUCAGAAGUCUUCUUUAAUAGAUGCAAAUUAGCCAUGUUGAAGAGAUGGGACAUUCAAAGGGAAAUUCAAAAAACAAAGAACUGUCCUGGAUUCGGAAACUGCCAAUGUGGCAGGCAUUCCGAACUCACCCCUGAUCGUAUUGCCGUUGCUGACACUACUUCAGCCAGUGACCAAAGUACCCGCUUGGAAAAGAAUAACGGUUCUAACGUUGCAAUUACUGACAAUAACCAAACAACUCCACCAGCACAAAAGGAGGGAUGUAUUUUGUGCCAAAGUCUCGAGGAAAAACCAAGAAAACAUAGAGCGUGA